GUGUUUGACAGUUACGUAUUCCAUGUAUACGCGAAUCAGAGUGUUGUUUAUAACAACCGAUUUGUUUUGUUUCUUAUCAAUAAUGAAAAUUGUUUUGAAAUCCAGGCACUUCACAUCGACGCACUAAACGGUGAAUCUCCCAGUCAUUUGACACUUUAAUUAUUUAUGGAAUAAUUCGAUGUAGUCAUCACUUUGUGUGGUAUAAUUUAGUCACAUUUUGAUAUUUUGUGCCUCGUGAAGUUUCACUUUGUACACUAGCUGCGAUUCAGUCGCCUGACACAGAUUUUUUUUUUUUUUGCAAUCGCCAAAAAACACGUUUCACUUUUAUUUACGACCACGAGAUACUUUUCGAAUUUAAUUGGGAGAUUAUUGGAUUUUUUUUUGGACAAUAUUCGGUGUAAAACGAGAUCCAGUUGGUGUUUUGAAGCGAUAAGAUGUGGGAGUUUGCUCAAGAUUCGGUGACCGGGCAGUUGAAAGUUGAUCAAGCGUUGCUUAAUGUUAGUUCAACGCUAUACGAAAGCCUUUGGCUCUAUCAACUGUCUGACGAAUGUAUCGCGUGCCCAUAUAAGAAAUUGAAGAAGAUCCCAGCAAGAAGCUACAUCGUUGAACGGAUCAAUACAGCCACUCAACUUAAAUGGUCGCUGUAUAAAUCAAAUGUUGGCCCAUAUGCCUUUCAGAACAGCACCGCAUUUUGUGUUGUAAAACCGGACAAUCUAGGACAAUUUGGCAUUUAUAACUUGACUGUAGACGACAACGGAUGUACAUUUCACACGCACCAAGCACCGGUCAAUCGAAUUUUAUCUAUAUUUUUGUUACUCGCAUUCGUUUCGUUGGCCUACAUAAUCUUCGUGCUACUGCAACGAGGUAGAAAGUAUCUGAUCAAUCGCAAUAAUUCGACGGCGUCCACCAGUCAACUUGACAGUCAUGAUGUCACUUUGGCUGCUGUUAAUGCUGCGAAGCAGAAAAAUUUAUCGAGCAAUCGGCUGUGUAGCUUGGACGCUUUUCGCGGCUUGGCCAUUGUUACCAUGAUAUUUGCGAAUAGUGGGUGUGGAGAAUACCAUUGGAUUGAGCACGCUUCGUGGAAUGGCAUUCAUCCGGCUGACUUUAUAUUUCCCUCAUUCCUGUGGAUCAUGGGCGUUUGCAUUCCCAUUUCACUGAAGUCACAAUUCGCCAAAAACAUUCCGCAUCAGGACAUUCUCAGCAGUAUUUUCAUUCGAUCCCUCAAGCUGUUUUUCGUCGGAUUGCUCAUUCACACCGCUCAUGGGCCGAACUUUGCUGACAUUCGUAUUAUGGGUGUGUUGCAACGAUUUGGCAUUGCCUAUCUUGUCAUUGCUUCGCUGCAAGUCCUUCUGAGGAGACAUGUGGCAAUCGAUACAGAGGAGCAAACACGUUCUUGGAGAACAUCAUUCCUUGACAUCACCUCUUUAUCGACCCAAUGGACAAUUAUGCUUGUUUUGAUCGUCUUUCAUCUGCUGAUUAUUUUCUUUAUACCCGUGCCAGGCUGUCCGAGUGGUUACCUUGGACCUGGCGGAAUCCAUGAGAUGGCUCGUUAUAAUAAUUGCAUCGGCGGAGCUGCUGGGUAUGUGGAUCGAUUGAUAAUUGGAACUCGGCAUCUGUACCAGCGACCACGUGCCGCUGUUGUUUAUGACGAACGCAUGCCAUUCGAUCCAGAGGGACCAUUUGGCUGCUUACUAACCAUUGUUCAAGUAUUUUUCGGCGUUCAAUGUGGCAAUACACUUUUACUAUUCACCCAGCCCAUUGAUCGGCUAAAGAGAUGGCUCUGUUGGAGCAUUGGCACAUUCCUGAUUGGCGGUUGUUUGUGCCAAUUUUCCAUCAACGACGGUCUGAUACCAAUCAAUAAAAAUCUCUGGUCACUUUCAUUUGUUCUGGUCACCACUUCAUUUGCAUUUUUGCUACUUUCAAUCUUCUAUGUCAUCAUCGAUGUGAAGAAAUAUUGGUCGGGCACGCCGUUGACAUUUGCCGGCAUGAAUGCCAUUCUUAUGUAUAUUGGCAGUGAACUGCUUGGUCAGAUGUAUCCAUUCUACUGGCGAUUCGAAGGCAUGAAUACUCACUUUAUGUUUCUACUGGUCAAUGUUUGGAAUGCGGCCGCUUGGAACUUGGUAGCUUAUUAUUUAUAUUUGCGUAAUUUCUUUUUCACAUUGUAAAUGUUUUGUCUUAUAGUUUAUUUUUGGGAGAAAUAAACGGAAGAAAACAAUUUAUAUGCGAGAUUUCGAUCAGUCAAUCAUUUGAAAUUCAAAUGUAUUUUGAAAUCGAGAAAUAAAAAAAUACUUGACACUUUAACGAAA